CGAUUGCUCAGUCAAUUGGUCACCGGGUGCUCAGUUUGGUCGGUGGUUAUUUGGUGCGCAAACUGACGCGGCAUUGUGUACGUUGCGGCGAAUCGUCAAUAUGACCUUGCAAGCAAUGCAAUACGCUCGUUAAAACUACCUUAUAUGUACAUAUAUAAAUAUAUAGCAAAGUGCUGUGCAAGUGCAAAGCAAACAACAGCAACAAAAAAAUAUAUUGACAAUGCAAAUCUUUGCUUGCAAAAUUGAAAGUCGCUGGUGAAGCAACAGCUGGUGUUGACAAUGAAAGUGUAGGAAAGACGCUGGUGAAGCAUUGUUGCAAGUGUUUAGUGCAAAUUUAUUUCGGAAGAAAUUCGUGCAAAAGUGGCAGAAAGUUUGUAAAAAAAGUUCGCUACCUUGCGGCAUCCGCUCUCUAGUUAACUUGCUUAUCAGCAGAACUUUUGUCUUAUCUGAUGUUCAUGUAUGUUCGUUGAGACUUACAUACACAAUAUACACAAAACAUCAAAAAAAAACCCAAACAAUAUACAGGCUUAUCACUGACAAAAUGAGUGCCUUAUAUCCAAUUCAAUGGGAGCUAUUUAAAGACUACUACAUCAACACAAUUUACGCUGGCUGGCGUGAUCUCAUGGACAACAAAUCUGAUCCGCGCACACGAGAUUGGCCAUUGAUGGAUUCGCCCUUCCCCACCAUAGCGAUCAGUUUGUCCUACGCAUACUUCGUAAAGGUGCUGGGCCCCAAAUUGAUGGAAAACAGAAAACCUUUUGAGUUGCGCAAAGUCUUAAUCGUUUACAAUUUCGCGCAAGUGCUGUUCAGCGCUUGGCUAUUCUACGAGUCCUGCAUUGGCGGCUGGCUAAAUGGCUAUAAUAUCAGAUGCGAGCCUGUGGACUAUUCGAAUUCGCCACGCGCGUUAAGGGUCGCACGAGGCUGCUGGUGGUAUUACAUCUCCAAAUUCACCGAAUUCUUCGACACAUUCUUCUUUGUGAUGCGCAAACGCUACGAUCAAGUGUCGACGCUGCACGUCAUCCAUCACGGCAUUAUGCCCUGCUCGGUUUGGUGGGGCGUCAAGUUCACACCCGGCGGUCACUCGUCGUUCUUCGGUUUUCUCAACACCUUCGUGCACAUCAUUAUGUACACGUAUUACAUGUUGGCGGCGAUGGGACCCAAAGUGCAAAAGUACUUGUGGUGGAAGAAAUAUCUGACUGUCUUGCAGAUGAUACAAUUCGUUUUGGUUAUGGUGCACUCAUUCCAAUUGUUCUUCCGCAACGAUUGCAAUUAUCCCAUCGGUUUUGCAUACUUCAUUGGCGCACAUGCGGCCAUGUUCUAUUUCCUCUUCUCGGACUUCUACAAACAGGCCUAUCUCAAGCGCGAGCAGAAGAAGGAGAAAAUCGCCGCCAAUGGCAAGCUGAGCAACGGCUAUGCAAAUGGCGCCGUCAAGUCAAACGGUGAGCUGCCCAAAGAGAUCAAUGGCAAUCUGAAAGUGGAGGACAAUAACAAAUUCGACGGCUACUACAAGUCCACGUUGGCGUCGCAACUGCCCAGUGACACAACAACAACAACAACGAGACAGCGGGUCUACGCCACAGCGCAUAAUUAAUUUAUAACCGUAAUUUUACCUAAUAAUUUAAAAGCAAGAGAGCAAAAAUAUUAAUGCAAACCUAAAAGUAAUAGAAAUGUAGCUUUAAGUUAUUCGUUCUUAAGGCUUUUGUAGUUAUUUGUAUGUAUGUAUUUUAAUAAUUAUAUUAUUAAAAGCACGAAAACAAAGACAUGUGUUAGAAAAAGUUAAGUGAAAUGCAUGUAGAAAAUAUUCAAAAUUGUGUACACAUAUACAAACAUACAGUUACAAUAGUUGUGCAGACAAGUAGCGGCUUAAGCUGUGCGCUUGCGUCAAAUGCAUUAAAGUAUUUUAAAGUUGAUGUUAUUUAGUUGUGUAUAAAAGUUGAAAAAUACACGCGUGCAUAUUUUUAAAUCUAUGUUUGUAAGUAACUAGCGUUUAAACGAAUGUCAUUUUCUAUGUAUUUAAGUAAUUAAAUACGCAUUUAUGAUAUUUUCCAUAACUAUCUAGCUCUCCGCACUCCAAUUGACUUUUUGACAAAUGCUUCCAAUUUACUCUGAAAAAUGCAACCUUAUUGUAAAAAAUGCAAAUUUAUUGUGAAAAAUGCUUCUUAAUUUAUUUUCGAAAAAUAUUUUUUAUUAUCUAACAUUUUUCGUCGAGCACAAGCUAAUUGUUGCCGAAAUUCUAUAACUGCAAUUAUUUCUUUGUUUGCUGGCAUAUUUUUAGUCACUCUAUAACUGUUAACACAUUGCCUCCCCUUUGUUAUUGUUUUCAUUUGCUUUUUGUUUUUGCUUUAUUGCAAUAUAUUUUUGUGAUUCUUUUGUACUUAAAGCCAAACUUUAUUUUAUUUAAGCGCACACAACUAGUUGCAUUGUAUUCUGUGUUUUGUUGUUGUGCUGUUAAGCUUUGCUGGUGUUUUUCUAAUGUUGGUGUACUUGUAUUUUAUGCGGUUCAUUGAUUUUUGUUUUUGUUUUAGUUUACUUUAUAAUAGAAUAGCUUUUAAGCUAUUAGUUUCGUAUAAAAGUAGUUGCAUAGGCAAACUUAUAUGUAAAUGCAAUUAAAAGAAAUGACAAUCUAACAGCAGAAGAUAUGUAACAUUGUAAAAUAUAUGUAUGUAUGUAUACAAAAAUUUACAAGUGAAUAAAACGUAUUUUAUAUUUUUUAUGAUGAGAA